AUGGCACAGCGUGUACACGUUCUAUUUAUAGGUUCAAAAUACUUGUUUUCUGCUCAUUCCAAAGCAAUUACAAUGAGGUCUAAUGAAAUUAAGCGAUUUACUGUUUUGGCUGAGGAAGUGUACACAUCAGCCAUUGGUGAUCCUGGGAUGAGAAGAGAUGGUCUUAGAGUGGCAAUAGAGGCAUGGAAUCAAUGCAAUGAAAUUGCUUUGAUGUUGAUAACUCCACUUUACCUCGUUCCAAAGUCACCAAAUUUCAAAGUGAGAUUCACUCUAGACGUAAAACAAGGAAAGAGUCCGAGAAGCCAGUUGUACCUCAUGGACAUCGGAAGUUGUUGGAAGAACAAUGGCCAACCUUGCAAUGGGGACGUCACAACGGAUGUCACCAGAUACAGUGAAAUGAUUAUAAACCCAGACCUGCAAUCAUACUGCAACUCGAGCCACCUUGUUGACUGCCCUCCUUAUCACACCUUUCGAAAUGGAACACGUAUCCAUAGGACAGACAAAGAUAACUAUCCCUACGAGGCUUAUCACGUGUAUUGUUCCCCGGGCAAUGCUGAGUAUACUGAGGAGCCAAAAAGAUUCUGUGAUCCUUAUAGUAAUCCCCAACCGCAGGAAAUAGUGCAAAUUGUCCCUCACCCAGUUUGGGGAGAAUAUGGUUACCCAACAAAAAAAGGAGAUGGUUGGAUUGGCGAUCCAAGAACUUGGGAACUUAAUGUUGGAAAACUUUCUCAGGCGCUCUAUUUCUAUCAGGAUCCAGGCACCAAACCGGUGAAAAGACAUUGGCCGUCGAUUAACUUGGGAGCUGAAGUGUACAUCGAUGGCAACGAAAUCCUAGAGUGGACUGUUAGUGAUUUCGACAUCAUUAUUACAAGAGAUGAUACUUAGCAAUCUUACUGGCAUUUACCAUCACAAGGUUAUACAAGUUUCAUGAACAUUUGAGGUGCAAGCUUCCCUUGUACCAAGAAAUUAUGGAGACUGAGGCCUUAAUCAAAGUGGUGGGAAUCCAAAAUAUGUGGACAAGUGCAGAGUUGAAAAGUACAUGGCUAGUUGGAUAGGAUUUUAAAAGAUCUGGUUCAUAUUUACUUUUAAAAAAUUCUUUCCUUUUGUGAAUUUUGUGGCCAAUUCUGUGCUAUGUUUUUGCGUCCUUAGUGAAAAUAAAUCUAAGUCUUGUUUUUUAUGGAUAUUAUCAAGAUCUCCCUGAAAUGGUUUUGGGUAGCAGCUUCAGAAAUAGA